AUGGCGCCGGGAAGCGACCCCGCGGAGGAGCCCUCCACGGGCCCUCGGCGAGUGGCCCUUCUCCCUUCGGGGCCAGCGUGCGCGUCGCUCCGGGUGGCGUGCUCGCGCCACACUGGCUCCUCCACGGCCGUCCCGGUCGGUUUCUUCGCCGUCCGGCCGAGCGCCGCGCUGCUGCGCGCGGCGGAGCUGUGGGCGGAGAACCUGACCUUCAGCGGGGAGACCGGCUGGGGCGGCCUGGGCUUCCUGCCCUCGCUGGACAAGUUCGUGGGGGCCGAGUGCGGCCAAGGCUAUUUCCACGCGCUCUUCUACAAGCAGGGCGCCCCGUCCGUGCGCCGUGCCUUCCGGGCCGCGGGCGUGGAG